AUGCUAGCAAUGGCACUACAGGCAGGACAGCAGCUUGCCGAACUGAGCCGACACGACGUGAUUGGCUUCGAGAUCAAGUCCUUCUCCAUCCUCGCCCCCAUCGUCAUCCCUGCCGCCGGCGACGGGUUGGAGCAUGCAAUCAGCACCAAGUUGGCAAAGUCAGAAAGCAGCGAGCCACGGCAGGGCGUUGCAGUCUACGACUUUUCAAUCUAUACCAAGCCUAACUGUAUAGCCAGCACGAAGCAUGCCGAGGGUCAGCUUCACAUAGUAUACGGCCAUGUGGCGAGCAGCACAAUCGAGGAAAUUCAGCUCGAGGAUUCCUUUCAUCGUAACACGUAUAGCCAAUACAAAGCAGCCAGCGACGAGGAGAUGAGCCCGCGCCAGCUAUACGAAGUUUUGAACAAUCUCGGUCUCAACUACGGCCCCUUGUUCCGCAACAUCCACAAGAUCUCUCGAAGCUCGCAGAACGGCGGAUUCUGCCACAGCCAGGUCCAGAUCCCGGACACGGGAUCGGUCAUGCCAUUUGGAUACGAGUUCCCUCACCUCAUCCACCCUGCAACCCUGGACUCGUUCCUGCAGACCGUCUUUGCCAUUGGCGAGGACGUCAUGCUGCCCUGCCACAUAGACAGCAUUUUCGUCUCGGCCGAAAUGCCGCAGGGCCCCGGCGCCCGGUUUCUUGGACACACGACGGCGCAGGCGACGACGCCGCGCUCCGCGGUGGCCGACGUGGUCAUGUUCGACGAGCAGCUCGACCAGGUCAGGGUUUGCAUCAAGGGCAUGAAGCUCAAGUCGGCCGCCGCCGCCGCCGCGGCGGGAGAUGGUGGAACUUUCUUGCCGAAUCACCGCAACCUCUGUUCGGAGAUUGUUUGGAAGGAAGAUGUCGGCGGGUGUAGUGUCGAUGAUCUUAUGGCGUGGCUUGACUGUUUGGGACACACAAAUCCUGCUAUACGCAUACUACAGCUUGGAGACCUCUCUGGGAUCACUUCCAGCGUCAUCCAAGUGCUUGAGAACGGAUACGGGACGCCACGCUUUGCAUCCUUCACCCUCUGCGAUAGAGAGGACUUGAUCUUCGCUCAACUGCAACACGUAUAUGCCGGCACUCCCGUCAUGCAACGCAUCUUCUGGGAGCCUUUGCAGCAGGCGGCAAUGACAUCACAGUAUCAUCUAGUCAUUCUGAACGCCUCGCAGCCUCAAGAUCUUACGGCGGUAAGCCGGCUGUUGAGCCCGAGUGGACAUGUUAUCGUGCAACUGGAGGAUGUCGUGGACAAGACCGACAACGAUUAUCAGAGAAUAAUAAAGCGACUUGCUGAUGCAGGAUUUUGCAAUCUUGAGAAACUCCACGAAAAGUCUGGUAAAAAUUCUUACGUGGUUGCUUGCAGCGUCAAAGUUGCUGACAGGGAAACUGGAGGCCAGUGUAAUGUCACGAUACUGCUACCCGAGCUGUUAACCCCUUUUCUGAACAAGCUAAACAAGGCUCUCAUAAAGUGCCUCGGAGCUCUGCCGAAUAUUACCUGCGAUUCUGCUGCUGUUACUGCUCAUGCCAAGUUCAGCAACAAAACGGUCUAUAUAUCGCUGCUGGAGGCAGAGAAGCCGCUCAUUUUUGAUCUCGGCGAGCCCCAGUGGGAAAUCCUUCAUAGCCUCCUCCGCACCAAGAACCUGGUUUGGGUGACUGCCGGUGCCCAAAUGACAAACACCAACCCGCUCAUGGCCGCCUCCAUCGGCUUGAUGCGCACCAUCAGAUCCGAGGACGGGCAAAAGAAGCUUGUGUCCGUCGACAUCGACCCGAGCAAGGACAACGACAUUGCGUCCACUUCAAAGAUCCUCUGCGACAUUUUGAAGACCAAUUUCAUCACCUCGACAGCUGCUAAGGAGUCUGAAUACGUAAUUCGGAACGGGAAGCGGUUCAUCCCUCGCCUCAUGACGCUACCUGCUGUCAACUCGCUCAUAGAGAAGGAAGCUCACCUCCCAGAGAGCCUUGAAGAGUUUCCGCUGUGGCGAGACGACUGCCAUCUGAAGCUGGCACCGGAAUCUGUGGGCGGCCGCCUUGGCUUGUACUUUACAAAAGAUGACACCACCAACACCGCCCGACCCCUGAAGGAAACCGAGAUCCGAGUCAGGGUGCAACAGAGCCACCUCCUGCCGCACGACAUGGACGCCCUGCGAGGCAACGGUGGCGAGGUCGGCUCCGACGCGGUCGGCACCAUCCUUGAGGUCGGAUCAAAAGUUUCCCACCGCUUCAAAGUCGACGACUCGGUGGUCGUCUUUGCCCGCCGUACAAUCAGCAGCGCCAUCGUCGCCGACCAAAAGUUUGUCUGGUCCCGCGCCAUCACCAACCCGCCCCAUGAAACCUUCAGCCCGACGGCGUUCGUCAGCGCAGCCUACGGCCUCGUGGUUUGCGGUCGCUUGAGGAAGGGAGACGCCGUUCUCGUCCAUGAGGGGGCUUCUGCUUACGGCCAGGCUGCCAUCUGCAUCGCCACGGCCAAAGGCGCAUCCGUGAUUGCUGCCGUCUCAUCUCCCGAGCAGCGGAAAGUAGUGCAUGCACUUGGGAUCACCGAUGACCACAUUAUCGACAGCCGAGACGAUGCGUUCGUCGGCCCCGUGAGCAGGCUUACCGGAGGACGCGGCGUCGACCUCAUCUUCAGUCCUGCAUCUCGCAGCCUCGCUGCCAACUUUGGGUCCUGCGCAGAGCUUGGUCGGGUUGUCCAGCUGGCGAGCGAGACCCCCCAGCUACCGUCGAUGGAGCAGGCGAUCCUCAAGAAUCUAUCCCUCGUGACCUUUGACAUUCUCAAGCUGGCCGAGAAGCAGCCGUGGCUGGUGGAGGAAGCAAUCAAUGAAGUCAACGCCCUCCUGCAAAACGGCGACUCUGCAUGCAGCAUCCAGCCCAUGAUCUCCCACAGAUUCGAGAGCUUGGGAGCCGAAGCGGUCGACCCUACCACGGAUCCAUGGUUGGGUCUGCAUGUCGCGGACGUCAAAGAAGACACCCGUGUUCUUAUGCCCGUGAACCUGACCCAGCCAUUGCGGUUGAACAGCAGCGGAACGUACGUUCUCGCGGGUGGCCUCGGUGGGAUUGGCCGUAGCAUUGCCCAGUUGAUGGUUGAACGAGGCGCUCGCCACUUGGCAUUCCUCUCUCGGUCCGGCGCAAAGUCUGGACCUGCUAUGGAUCUCAUCUCUUCGCUGAAACUCAAGGGCGUCGACGUUCAAGACUUGAAGGUGGACAUCUGUGACGAGGAGCAGAUGAGGGAAACCUUUUCGUUUAUUCAACAAAACAUGCCCCCUAUCAAGGGGGCCAUCCAAUGUGCCGCCGUUCUCGAGGACUCCAUCUUCGACAAGAUGACGUAUGCAAAGUGGACAAAAGCCUUCCGCCCCAAGGCCAUCGGAUCGUGGAACCUGCACAACAGCCUCCCCGACAAGCUGGACUUUCUCAUAUUCCUCUCCAGCUCUACGGGCGUGCUCGGCAACCGCGGCCAGGCCAACUACGCCGCAGGCAACACGUUCCAGGACGCGCUGGCGCACCAUCGCGCCUCGAUCGGCCGGCACAGCGUGUCCCUGGACCUCGGGUUCGUGCUCGGGGCGGGCGUCGUGGCCGAGAACGAGAAGCUUCUCGACAUGAUGCUGGCCAACGGCUUCUUCGGCGUCGGCCUGCGCCACGUACACUUCCUGCUCGAGCGCGCCAUGUGCCCCUCGUCGUCGCCCCGAGCGUCUGCCGGUUCCGAGGGACGGGGGUUGCACCUGCCCACGCAGGUCGUCACGCAGAUGGGGUCGGGCGGGCUCGUGCUCCAGGACCGGCCGGUCGAUCCGUUCUGGACCCACUCGCCGCUCUUCAGGUACCUCAACCAGGUCGACCUUCCCGCCGGCACUUUGGAUUUCUUGGCGGCGGGUGCGGCGCAGGACGUUGGAGACGACGAGCGGCAGCACGGCGGCGGCGGCGGCGACAAGAGCAGCAGCAACAGCAGCAGCAACGCCGGACAGGACCUCCGCGUCGCGAUCCGCCGAGCCUCGUCUCCCGAAAAGGCCGCGUCCAUCGCCGUCGGCGCCGUCACCCGCGCCCUGGCGAGGUUCAUGGGUGUAGGGCUGGGAAGCAGCAACAGCAACAGCACCGCGGGCAGCAAGCCCGCCACAGCGGCUGGGUCGUCCAAUACGUCAUUCGCCUCGACGCCCGUCAGCUCGACGUUCAGCGCCGCCGCCGCUACUAUCCCUUCGCCGAGGACGACGACGAGCGGCCUGCUGGAUCCGUCGCGGUCGACGGUCAGCUACGGGAUCGACUCGCUCGUCAAGCUCAACAUUACGCGCUGGAUUGUCGACCAGUCGGGCGUGGCGGUCGGAGACGUGGACGAGUAUCCCAGCAUCAACGAGCUUGGGGCCAAGAUUGCUGAGCUGGUUCGUGUCGAUUCGGACGGAGAGACGAACUCAUGA